AUGCCGUUGCCCAUUCGGUCUUCCAUAUGUUUCUUGUGUCAAACAAGGACUGUCCUCCCUCCAGCAUCUACCCUCCUCCCAUCAUGGCAGGCCACACGAUCCAUGGCCUCCGCGCGUUCGGAGCGCAAACCUAGUCGCAUGAGUCUUUCGCCAAAUGUCGCCAGAUCUUCUAUUAACAAACCUCGCUCGGGGCGUGGUCGCGCUGGCCCCUUUAAUGCAAUGAAUCAAACAGAAGCUCGUAUUAGGGAUGACCCUCGUCCUCGUUCCCAAGCCUCCCUCAAGCGUUCGAAAACGGAGGGUAAGGAUGAGAAAAGGAAGGAAGCGCCACUCUAUAAAGCCUUGAAAAUGCAGACUACCCUAGCCCCCGUCACCUAUGGUCGUCGUACGGCCAUCAAAUCCAAAAUCUCCAAUCUCACCAGCUUCGAUCAUUUCCCUCUUCUCCCUGUGGUCCGACACUCCAUCUUCUCUCAGGGUCUGCCUGGUCUCGCCGAUGUGAGCCCAACUCCGAUUCAACGAGUGGCCAUUCCCCAACUCCUCGCUGCGAUCCCGAAACAUCAGCAGAAGCAGCUCGGUCCCGAUGACCCCCAGUACGAACAAUUUCUUCUCGCCGCCGAAACCGGUUCAGGCAAGACAUUGGCGUACCUCCUCCCAGUUCUGGAUGCCAUCAAGCGCGCAGAAGCCCGAGACUUGGAGGAAGAGAAGAUACUGGCGGAGGAAAAGGCCAAGGAGCGCGAGGAGAGGCUGAAGAACCGAACAUAUGAGCUUGAGCCCGAGGAACCCCCCCAUGACGGAUUGCGGCCGGCCUAG